CUGCUCGCAAGGGACUCCACUAAAGGCAGAGACUUCGCUCUUUCUCUGUCUUUCCUGACUCUGGCCCGGGGUUCCCGAAGGCUCAACUGCUGCUCCACCGCUGAGGACAGCCCUGUCUCAGGAAGGAACCAUGAAAGAGGGAGCAAGCACCAAGUGCGAUCAUUCCCUGAGUGUGACACUUUUACUUCUCCUGAGCUUCGUGCAAACCACGCUGUCCCAUGACACACACUCUCUGUGCUGCAACUUCAUUCUCAUGCCUGGUACCACACCUAGAGAGUGCCACUAUGCAGUAAAGUGCUCAGUGGAUGACGUGGUUUUCAUUCAGUUUAAUGAAACUGAGGUCGAACUUUCGAAUAACAUGGGAAAAACAGCAGAUGCCACCAACGUAUUGACAGAAUUCAAUCGAAUCCUGAUAAGUGUUUUAGGAUUGUUGAAUCUACUACUACUUGACAUGAAAACAGAGACCAGAGGAGAUCACAUCUUACAGGGCACCAUGAUAACUCAGUGUACACAAGGCCAACUCACUAAUGCUUUCUAUAACCUCACCAUUGAUGGACAUCCUUUCGCAAGCUUCAAUUCAAUUAGCAAGAAUUGGACAGUGUAUAACAAUGAUACCAUAAGGACAUGGAAGAUAAACAGAGAACUAGAACGGGCUCUCAGGACGUUCUCCAUGGGAGAUUCCCUUCAGUGGCUCAACAGAUUCUCACCACACCGGGAAGAAAGGCCAAGACCAAAAGUAAAUCCUCAGGAUACUACCCAGCUUAGCUCUGCCACCCAGAUUCCACGUACUGUGAAUACCACACCACCUACAUCUGCCAGCGAGCAUCAACACACCAGCUGGAUUCUGUAUCUAUUACCUUUAAUCAUUGCAUUGAUCAUCUGAGUAGUCUUUGCAGUUGCCUGGAUUGUGAAGAAAAGAGGUGCUCCCUGCUGCUCCUCUAGCUCUGUAGUCUGAUCUACAGUUGUCAUCAGCAGCUGUGUUGGGUGACUCUGAACACUGCCUGUGGCUUCUUCAGCAAAGGAGCAAACGUAUUUCUGAUGGUAUCUCUGAAAUCUGUGCUGCUGAGUUCCAGACUGGUGGGAAACCAGGAGACUGAUGGCAUCAGAGCCUCACGCACCAGGGCAUCACAGUGCAAUAGGCUGCUGCCAUCAGGGACUCACUGUUUUGUUCCUUUUUCGUUCUUGUUCUCACUUAAUUGCUUUGUGGACAGCAAGCUGGGCCUGGCUCUAAAUUACCCAUCACUGUCUCAAACAGUGACCUGCCCCGGGUGACUCCAUUUGCCUCCCCUCUCAGUGAAAAGCAGAAGGUGCUUGUCAUGACAACUCACUCUUUACAGACACACGCUCUGCCCAGGACCACCCGUGAUUCAAAGGCUGAGACCUAACUUAACCCUAAAGGAAAGGGUGUCACCUGUUCACUUACCAGAACAGGUUGGAAGCAGUGAGCACACGUGCAUAUCAAAACCACAUCAGAGAUCCAGGACUGAGGAUUUGGCUCAUCAUCAGCUGGACCCUGAACAGGCCACCUACCCCUGCAAUGGUUAUGGCCCCCACAAGCUUGCCAUGUGGUUGCCUGAAGGAGCCUGCAGGCAGAGAACUCCUGGCCAUCUUAAGGCUUCAGCUCCACCCAAGUUCUAAUACGUCCCAUGGUAUGAAACCUUCUUUGGAGGUCUCAGGACAGGGAGGAAAGAUGAUAAUAGUGACUGAGGAGAAGGAACCCUAGAAAUGUAGAAGUAAGGAAUAUUUUUAAUUAAUUAUAGUUUAUUCACUUUGCAUCCCAGCUGUAGGCCCCUCCCUCAUCCCUUCCUAACCCUAACCUCAUCUCUUCCCAUUCCCCUCCCCAAGUCCACUGAUAGGGGAGAUCCUCCUCCCCUCCCUCUGACCCUAGCCUAUCAGGUCUCAUAAGGAGUUUUUAACUUGACCUCAGAUUCUGGUUAUUCAUUAGAGUCUGGAGGUGUUUGCUAGUAUGUUGUAACAAACUUUCACUAAAGGAAUGAACAAAAAUCUCCAAGAGGCUCCUAGAAACCAGCUGUUUAAGCCUUUGUAGGUUAAGCGCUCUUACUUUUUCUCAGGUGAACCCACAGUGACAGGCCUUGUACAGCUGAGGAUGAGCAGGACCUGAUAGGAGCUGUCCAGACAUCCUCAUGGCCCUGCUUUCUGUGGAAGAAAUUUAAGGUGAACUUAAUCCCCUGGUUUAAUACCUGGAGAUGGUCCUGGAAACAUGGAGUCAGAGCUUGAACUGUAGUUAUCCUAUAUUAAGUGACAGCCUUGACCAUAGACGGAGACACAAGAGGUCAGUGUGGAGAAAAAGCCAAUGGUGCAGGCUUCAAAGGGGUUGCUAGACUUAGAGUGGGCAGUAAUUCACGAUCACAAAUGUAGAUUGAUUAGGAUGUAGAGAGCUUUAGGAACUUCAGUUCUCCCAGUUGAGCAAGGUCCUGAUGAGAAUUCUGGCGUAGAUAUUUAAUUUUACAUUAUUUUGAUGUGCUUUUUUGUUGAGUGUUUACGACUGUAUAGGUGACCACCAGCUUCUUGUUAUUGUUGACAGCUGUAUCUCUUCAGGGGUUACUUUUAGAGGUUUUGGAGACUUUUCGGAGCCCCUUGUUUUCAGUUUUUCUCUACCUGUUAUCUGCUGAACAAAGGGCAUUUUUCUGUGAAAUGACCUAAAGCUCAAACUCUGGGCUCUCCAUGGCCUCUGAGAAGGUAUCAGAUGCUUUUAGUGCCGCUCCUUUGUCCUCUACCCUUGGACAUGGCCAACCAGGAGGUAAAGUGACAAAAUCAGCUGUCAGUCCAGCCCCUGAUCCCAUGACUAUUGGAAACUCAGAAAGUCAGUUACAUCAGACUUGAAAAACAGAUACUGGCUUUUAGUCUGAUAUAUAUAACGUCGUGAGUGACCAGCUCACAGCCCAGGAUAACUAUGAAUGCAGCCAUAUCAAAUUUAGGGACAUCCUUAACAUAUUAUGAGGCAGUUUUGAAAAUAUUUUAAGUAACUUGAUUGUACAGUUCUCAAGCGUGAAUUAUGGUGAUAACUUUGUGACACAAGAUCAAAAGAUUAGAUGCGUUUGAUGAACAAAUGUUGACUAAAACAGAUUUUAAAUCAUCUUGACUCUCAUAAGCCUUCAUUGUUAAGAAGUUAAAGUCCUGACAAACUCAGACGUAAUUACAAGCAAUUUUCUUCACAAACCAUAAAUGUAGUCAAACAAGCUUUUUUUUUUUUUUUUUGCUAUACAGCUUUAAAUUACAUGUCACAAACCUUGUGACAAACAAAAUUUCUGCUUUUUCACAAUCUUUAGCAAUCCUUUAGGAUGGAAUUCAUUUGUCAUAGAAAUCCUUCUUACCCAUAAGCAUAUUCUCUCCAUCAGAAAUACGACUCUCUGUCUAUAUAAGCCAUCACCAUCUCUUUCUUGGCUGCUUCUUUCCUUUGCUAAAUGCCUGACGUAAUUUAGGAUUCUUGUUUUCCUGGAAGAUAUAAAACCCUAAACACAGCAAACCUCAUCAUGUUUCGUCUUUUACAAUAGGUUUAGAUGAUCAAUAUUAUCAAAUCAUUGGUUAAUGUUUUUUUUUCACACUUAGCUUCACUAAGUUGGUGAGAUUGUUUGUAUAAUGCUGAUAUUUUCUUUUUUCUUCACAAAUUUAAAGCAAUCCAAUGUGUAGGCCUUGCUUCUGUAUUAGGAAUUAAAGGAUUUGAACUAAA